GGAAUGAGAAGCAAAACUCAUUCAAAGCCGUCGGUUCAAAAAUCCGACACAUUGAGAUUCAUUCGCACUGUUGGCAUCGCACUCUCUGGAACCAGUCACGUUAAUGCGUUUCCGUUUAAAGGGAGGUUAAAGCUGGAUGCUUUCCUGAAUCAUACGUUUUGGUGCUCUUUUAUUUUUGUUUCGUAAGGAUCGGUCAUGGGAGAGAUCAUGGAUUGAUUAUUUUUCUCGGGGUGUCGGAGACUAAAGACUCAAGCCGGCGCAUGGGCGUUCUUUCAGCACCCCAGCCGUGAAUCUGUCGUCGGUGCGGGGAAUCUUACCGCACACAUCUUUCCUUCCUGAUAGAUAAGGGGUGGCGGAGAGAGACGGGGCAGGAGGGAGACGGCAACAGUGCAAAACCGUGGAUUCUUACGUUUGCAGUGAGUGGUUAACGAAAGUAGUAGUUUACUGCAGCAUUCACAUCUCACUGCAGUGAAAGAUAUAGAGCAGUCAGCGCCGAGUAGGGCGCGCUCCCCACUGCAAUUUUUGGGCAAAGAUUGACUGGCGGCGUCUUGCGGAUACCUGCAAGUGUCUUCGGAGGAGGGAACAUCCACGACUUUUCCCACAUUUUUCGGAUGCGCUUCGGCAAAAUGCGGCUAAGGGAUUUUUAUUAACCCAGUACCAUUACGCUGUUUCCGGUUCUCAGCUGGUAUUUCCCUAUUGCAAAUUUAUCGGAAUAAAGCAGCGGAUCCCGAUGGCAUGGACACUUACGCAAGGUCUGCCGCGCCGCCGUGCUACUGGAGCCUAUUUGCAGUCUCUUCCUUCAACCCAGCUCCACCGCCAUCGCCCCGCAGCCGAGAGAGCCCUGCCGCAACGCGACCACCGACCAUCGAGCCAAAGCAGGCGGCAUGAGGAGGCUUGAUUCGGUACACUUAUCCAUGCUGCUCAUCGGGGUCUCCUUCGCCUGCUACUCCCCGAGUUUGAAUUCCCUGCAGGACCAGGCUUACAGAUCAGCCGUGGUGAUUGAAGGCAAGGUGCAGUCCGCGCCUCAGAACGCAUCCGAGGAGCCGUACAGUGUGAAUGUCAAAGUCCUGGACGUGUGGCCGCGGAACAGCGGGGGUCUGAAGCGGGAGCAGCUCGUCACCGUGGGGGAAUUUGGCUCAGAGACUUCGUGCGCCAAAGUGAAAAAGAAUCACAAGUAUAUAUUUUUCAUGGACCCGACUGACGAGCCCUCGGUUUUCAAAGCAUCCUUCGCUCCCUUAGAUACGAGUGGGAAGAAUCUGAAAAAGGAUGUUGGCAGGAUCUUGUGUGAAGACUGCGCUCUUGGUCCUGAGUUAAAGCCGAUGAAGAAAACUGUGUUGGUGAACGAGGGACGCAAACUGAUCGUGAAGUGCGAGGCCUCUGGCAACCCCACCCCAGAUUACAAGUGGUACAAAGAUGGCGCUGAGCUGAGAAGGAGCAAACAGAUCAAAAUCAGAAACGUUAAGAAAAUCUCCAAAGUUCAGAUCGGCCGUGCAAAACUGGAGGAUUCUGGGAAUUACACGUGUGUUGCAGAGAAUAUUGUGGGGAAGGUCAACGGCACCAGUACUGUACAUGUACAGAGCAUAACCACAACGUUAUCUCCAGGAUCGGGUCACGCCAGAAGAUGCAACGAUACAGAGAAGGCGUUUUGCGUGAAUGGCGGCGACUGUUACUUCAUACAUGGGAUAAAUCAGCUGUCCUGCAAGUGUCCAAAUGACUUUACUGGUGAUCGCUGUCAAACCUACGUUAUGGCCAGUUUCUACCAGUCUCUUGGGAUUGAAUUUAUGGAGGCAGAGGAGCUCUAUCAGAAGAGAGUCCUGACAAUCACCGGCAUAUGUGUGGCUCUUUUGGUGGUGGGCAUUGUCUGUGUGGUGGCCUACUGCAAAACCAACCUCCCCCCCAGGAAACAGAGGAAGAAGAUGCACAAUCACGUGAGGCAGAACAUGUAUGUGGACCACCCAAACCGUAACUUGGCCAACGGACCCAAUCACCCAGGCCCUGGUCCUGAGGAGAUACCCAUGGUAGAUUAUAUCUCCAAAAACAUUCCGGCAACCGAAAGAGUCAUUAGACACGGAGAAGAGCCUCCUUUUCCCGACAGCCGGCAGUCUUCCAGAUCUCACCACUCCACAAUCCGAGCUCUUUCUGCUACUCAAAGACAAGAGGGGAGAACGUGGAGUCUGGAGCGAACAGACAGCGUCCUCUCCGACUGUCCUUCCGGCAUGAUGUCGUCCUCAGUGGGGACCAGUAAAUGCAACAGUCCUGCGUGCAUGGAGGCGCGGGCCAGGCGUGCCGCACACUGUGGCUUUACUGAGCCCCACCGGCCACCCCUGCAGUACGGCGACUCAUUCGACUCGCUCGGGGACUCUCCGCAUAGCGACAGGUAUGUGUCGGCCCUGACCACGCCCGCUCGCCUGUCUCCUGUGGACUUCCAUUACUCACUGCCCCCGUCGGUGCCUACCUUCCAGAUCACGUCUCCCAACGCCAGCCACGCCAUGUCUCUGCCUCCCGCCGCCCAGGCUCCUUACCCGCCGGAGGAGGACCAGCCCCUGCUGCGUCGCUACCAGGUGCCCCUGCACGAGGCCCGGGGCCACGAGCCCUACCGGCAACAGCAGCGCGGCAGCUACCUGCGAGACAGCACCGGCAGCCUGCCCUCCAGCCCCUACCGGCUCGCUCAAGACGAGGAGUACGAGAGCACCCAGGAGUACCUCUCCUCCAUGGAGCAACCAAAGAGAAGCAGUCGGCACUGGCGCAGGUCCAGACUAAACGGCCACGUGGCACCGCGUGGCUACCAGCCGUCCCGGGACUUGGGCUCACGAAGCUGCCUGUCAGACAGUGACUCAGAGGAGGAGGAAGGUGAGAGCACGCCCUUCCUCAGUAUGCAGAACAUGAACGCCGCCGAGUCCUCCGCCCUCUACAGGCCAGCACCCGACACACGGACUUCUCACGCCCAGAGCGGGCGGCACGGGCCUCGUGCCAGCACACAGACCAGACUGACGCACCCGCGCCCCAAACUGGACAAUGCACCCCACUAGAGAGACCGCCACCUAUCCACAAAGUCGAUCUACUAUAGACAUGCACCUAUAAGAAAUAUUUUUAUUUUAUAUAAUAUUCUAAACAAAUGAAAUAUUUAUUUUCAUUUUAGCAAAAGUUGUCUACUAGUUAACAGCAAAGACUUUUUUUAUAGGGAAAACUCUAUUUAUAUGUACAUUUUGAUUUACAGCAUAAAAAAGAUGUGCCAAUUUUUUCACAACUUAAGAAAAAAUAGAGUAAUAUUGUGGUGCCUUUUGCUGUAUGCUGACCCCAGAGGGCCAGUGGAGUUUUUUGUAGCCUUUCUUAUACGGACGCCUCAUUUUUUUAUACUCGUUUUCGUUGUCUCUUUUUGGCCUUUUCCCUUGAUUUCCUUUCCAGUUUGUGUUCUUUUGGGAACUGACCCCCAUUUGAACUGUGACAUUGCCCUCUUUUACACCCCCCAUCCCUCACCCCCCCCACCAUCAUGCAAUAUAAACCACUCUAACAUAA